AUGGCUACACCGAAUAUUGACAUAGGCCAUAAUGAUGAUUCUAAGCCUAGGAUCGACAUGGAGUUUAAUUCUGACAAUGAGGCAUUUGAGUUCUAUAACAGUUAUGGAGGAAGAGUGGGUUUUAGUGUCAAAAAAGAAUUGGUAAAUAAGAGCAAGAAAGAUAAGUCAACGAUAACUUCGAGAAGUUAUGUUUGUAGUAAAGAAGGCAUUCGGGAAAAAGACAAGCGUCGAGAUCAUAAUCAUGAGCUGCAUACACCAUCUACCACUGACAUGAUGCGGUCACAAUGGAUCAUUUCAGACAUUCAGACCUUCGAAAUUGGCCAGGGCAAUGCUUCUAGAAUUAGACCAAAGGCCAUGUUUGGGUACAUGGGUAAACAGGCAGGUGGGAGACAGACCAUUGGUUAUAUACCAGUAGAUCAUUAUAAUUAUCUCCGAAGUAAACGUCAGUGUGAGCUACGUUAUGGUGAAGCGGGGAGGAGAAUAGGCCGUUGGGUAUUUUUUUCUGGAUUUAACCAUCACAAAGGAGUCGUUAUAUUUGAGGCAGCCAUUUUAUACGAUGAGACGAUUGAAUCAUUCAAAUGGUUGUUUGAGACUUUCUUGGAAAGUCAUGCACAAAAGAAGCCUAUAACAUUUUUUACAGAUCAAGAUGCUGCAAUGGCAAAGGCAAUUUCGAAGGUGUUUAUUGGAAUAUGGCAUGAUCUACAAAAAUGUAUAUAUCAUUAUGAUGAGGAAGUACAAUAUGAGACUGCAUGGGAACAGCUAAGGUCUCGGUAUCAGGUUGAAAAUGGUUCAUGGUUAGAUCGUAUUUAUGGACUUAAAAAGAAGUGGGUCAAAUGUUAUAUGAAGAAUACAUUUACAAGAGGUAUGCGAAGUACACAGCUAAGUGAAAGUAUAAAUGCUGACUUGAAGGAUUACACAAAGUGUACUUUAGAUGUUGUACAGUUUAUGAAGCAUUUUGAAAGGGUUGUAAAUGAUAAACAUGCUAAUGAAUUGAAGGCUGACUUUGAGUCAAGAAAUAAGCUCCCGAAGAACUUGUUUCGCUACGAGGAGUAUAAAUGGGUUGGUUAUUGCUACAUAAAACAGAAGGAUGAAAGUGAUAGCUUACAUAAGUAUGUUGUUUGUACUCUUGAUUCAGCUGAUGUGGAAUAUAAAGUUGUAUGCAAUCCCUAUGAGACUAUGGUUGAAUGUAGCUGCAGAAAAUUUGAGUUGUUUGGCAUCCUAUAUUGUCAUGCUUUGAAGAUUUUAGACAUGUUAGAUAUCAAGUCUAUUCCUGAAGCAUACAUUAUGAGUAGAUGGACACGUGUAGCAAGAAACAUGGCGGUGGAAGAUAACAGUGGUAUACAAGUUGAGAAAGAUGCUAAUUUGGAUCGUACACAACGUUAUAGAAUGCUUUGUCGUAAACUAGUGAAGAUUGCAUUACAAGCAUCAACUUCAGUUGAGGGAUAUGCAUUGGUGAAUAAUGUUGCUAGUGAUUUGUGUAAACAGUUAGACAAUCUUUCUAGGCAUGCACCAAAUUUAAAUCAAGAUGAGUCAACUGAGGAGGUAAAUUUGAAUAUUGCGAAAGGGCUUAAAAGAAAUGAAAGGAAGAAGAAAGGGGGUUCCAAUCCAAGUCGACAAAUUAAAAGUUGUACUGAAACAAAAGGAAAAAGAAAGAAAAUAAUGGCAACUAGUACCUCUCUAUCUCUCCCUACACAUUCUCAAUUGCAUUCCCAAGCUUCUAUUUCUCAGGAGAAUGUUGAUCUAUUUGCCUCCCAGUCUUCUUGUCCUCCUGCACCUCUUGACUUGGAUUCUUGA